AUGCUGCUCUUCCACCUCGUCUUCAACGACAUUGACGACGCACCACAACAGCCGUUUGACACAACGUCUGCCCUUGCCGCGCUGCUCCUCGAAGCGUCCAAAGCGCACCAAGACGCCACACUCCACGCGUUUGUGCUGCAGAACCAAGACAUGCCCGUGCGCUUCGCGACGUUGUCGGCCGCCGACAAACUCCGCAUGCAGCGGCUCGCCGAGGCCGACUGCGUCGACAUGGCGCUCGUCACGGCCAUACCGAGGCGCUGCCCCGACAAGGCGCGCGACCGGUUUCUAACCAUGUGCUUGCAUUUACUCGACGCCGGCGUCAGCGACGACAACGACGAUGAUGAUGAUGAAGAGGAAGAGGGAGAGGAGGACAGAGAAGCAGAGGAGGAAGCCAACGAGCUCGGAAAAGACGACGCCGACUUGCAACAUCAUCUGGAAGCGUUUGGGACCCUUCCGCACGCACACUACAUUCUGUCGCCCGUCGUGCACCCCUCGUGUGCGCUACCGGCACAGCUCAAGCACGCGCUCCGCCAUAAACCGCUAUGGGACCUCCGCCCUCAUCUGCACCACACGAGCACGAUUGCAGACGAUGACCCGGUACGUUGUCUGGUCGUUUGGCCGCGACAACACCGCGUCCGGCUGCUCGGCUUUCGCACGUCGCUCGCGCAACUGAAGGCCCUUGUCGCCGGGACCUCGAGGGACCUCUACGGCUACGCGUCGAUCCCGGCAUUUGCGGCGGCCGUUCUGGACAUGGUCGGCUCGGACGUCGACGAGCCUUCGCUUCUGUGUGACGUACCGGACGUGCUCCGGCUCAGCUCCGUGCUGGUAGCGCUCGGUGAUGUUGCGUUGAUCCGGAACGUUCUCGCCGUCAUCGAGAUGGAGAAGAUGCAUGCGCCGCUCCGAGACGUGGUCGUGACGAUGCUGCGUCACUUUGGGUGGACGACACUGCAAUCGGCGAUCCAAGAUCUGGUUCAGCGGACGCCGACACGUCUUCUCGAGCUAUCGCAUGCCGCCGCGUUCCUCGUGGGCUGUCUCGAGCUCGAGCAGCCGUACCUCCGCAAGAUGAUUGUGGCGGCGUACUGGACGCUGCUCGAGAUGCUCGAUGGCCUCUCUGCGUUUCGUACCAACCCGAGUAUCGCCAGUGCGCUGCUCCAAGACUUGCUGCGCCUCGAAGGCUAUUUGCGCGCACCCCGUACGGCAGCGUCGCACCGCAUGUAUCUCGACACGCGUCUCCCGCCUGGCGUCGUCGACCAUAUCGCGUUGUUUCUGCGCCCCUGUGCACUCGUGGACGUCGUCACGACACAUCAUUUUGCACCGAUGACGGUGGUUGCGUCAGCACUCUACGCGCUACGUGACACCCACGUGGUGUCCGUCCAGUCGUACCGAGCACGCGUCGAUCGCGCAGUCGAUGGUGCGCUUUGGCCACCAGUUGACAAGAGCAAGGACCACAACCCUAACCGCAACCGAAACGUGACAACAGACAUGACCGCCGUGCUGGCGCUGGCCUUGCUUCGCGGCUCCGAGACGUUUGAAGCUCUACUCGAUCGCUGUCUCGCAGUGUGUACACCGACGAACGUCGUCGACUCGAUAUAUGGUCUCGUGACGCAGUGCCCCGGCGCGGUCCCGCCCGGCGCCACGAAGGCUCUGGCUGCCUGCGUUCUCGAAGCUGCCAGCAGUGGGAUUCGCAGUGCCACCACGAGCACGAUUGCCGUAGACACAGCAACGACGGCGUGGCAAACACUGCAGGCGCUCGACGCCAUAACGCAAGCGGAUGCAAUCGUCGAUGCCGUCGACUACUGCGUGGCCGCUCUCGCUUCGGACCACACGCGGCCCCAGUACGCUACCCGCAUCGUCUCUAAAUGGUGUCCAGUCGUUGCUGAGACGCAUGAGCUACCGCGACUGCGCCGGCUACUGGCUUUGUUACAGCCCACCUUGGAGGCGUCCGUGGCAGCGCAGCGUCGCCCGUCACCCAACAUGACAAAAUGGGCGAUUCCGUCGACGUACUUUUACUGCGACUGUGCGCUUUGCUCGGCGGCGGAGGCGUUUGUGCACGACCCGUCGCGUGGUGUGUUUACGGUCCCGGGCAAUGGCUGCAGUUGCAUCCAUUUCUUUGCCCGUCUCCAGCGCACCAAGCCCUUCCGCGACCUCGAGGUUGGCUACGAUGCCGACAAACUCGAGUUUUUCAAAGUUGGUGCAAAGGACGUACGCGACCAUGACGAUCUAGUGCGCGCUCUCGCUCUUGUCCGUGAUGUCGUUGACGGCGACGAUCCCGCACCCAAGCGGCUGCGGUGUGCCUGACUGUGGACCAACGAACAAAGCAUUUCGUUUGAUUUUCGAGUAAAAUAGGUACAAGACAAGGUGUCGCUACUCGUCGUCGUCGUCGCUGAUGCCUUGAAACGUGAU